CUUUAAGAUAAAUUAAACGUUUUCGGUACUGCUCGGGCAUUCCCGGGUAUUUCCGAAGUUCCGUCAAGAGAAAUCUUUAGCUAAAAAUAUUAACGCCAUAUAUUUUAAGCGUACACUUGAAUUCGGCAGCAGAGGCAAGUAUUAUCAAUUAAAGUGUAUUCUUAUGCAUUAAAUUGUGUACUUAUAGAGUGUACUUCUGUGCGUGUGUCAUUUGAUGAAUCACAAUAUGUCUUGACCUAUUUUAUAAAGGAACCGUUAACAUAACUCGGUAUUUAAACAUUACUUUUGGUUGGAGAGUCGCUGUGGCCCACGCACACUUAAAAUAUUAGGCUACCUGUAGGUUAAUGCAUGUGUUUGAGUGAAUGUGUUAACAUUAGCAAAUGUAGCCCUUGCGGCACCGACCUAGAGGUAACAUAGCAGCUAUCUGGCAACAGCCUAGCAGAUAUAUAUCAGCAUUCUAACAUUAAUCUAUCAGCAACCCAUUAGCAAUCCAGAAGCAGUCUAGCAGCAAGCUAGUAGCAGUCUAGCAGCAGUUUAACAGCAAUCAGCAUUACAGCAGCAAUCUAGCGUUUAUAGAGCAGUUAUAAAGAAAAAACUUCUAUAAAUCAGGUAUGUCUAACGUAGCGCCCUUUGCAAGCACACCUGUACUCUCAGAGCAAACUGUUUUGAGGUGGGGAUGAUACCUGGUUGCUUUUCACACCUUCCUGAAAAAUUUAAAAAUUUGAGAAAGUUCGUAUCAAGGAUUAUGGCAAAGUUCGGUUCUACCUUUGUGUGUCAACGGUAAGUUUCCUUCAUGAGAUCAACAUAUCUUCUCAAGGCUGACGGAUCAACACUUGUCAUCUCCGAUCAACACUUGUCAUCUCUGAUCAACACUUGUCAUCUCGGACCAACGCUAGUCAUCUCUGAUCAACAUUUGGCAUAUCUUAUCAACACAUGUCUUCUCUGAUCAACGCUUUUCAUCUCUGAUCAACGCUUGUCAUCUCUGAUCAACACAUGUCAUCUCUGAUCAACACGUGUCAUCUCGGACCAACGCUAGUCAUCUCUGAUCAACAUUUGGCAUAUCUUAUCAACACAUGUCUUCUCUGAUCAACGCUUUUCAUCUCUGAUCAACGCUUGUCAUCUCUGAUCAACACAUGUCAUCUCUGAUCAACACGUGUCAUCUCUGAUCAACACCUGUCAUCUCUGAUCAACACUUGUCAUCUCUGAUCAACACGGGUCAUCUCUGAUCAACACGGGUCAUCUCUGAUCAACACUUGUCAUCUCCGAUUAAAGUCGGAAAUGCAAAUCAUUUCAGCCAGACUUACCAAAAAUUGUCAUUAAAAAGAGCCUCAGGACAAAAAGAGGUUGCUAAGCCUCAGGACAAAAAGAGAUGCUAAGCCUCAGGACAAAACGAGAUGAUAAGCCUCAGGACAAAAAGAGAUGCUAAGCCUCAGGACAAAAAGAGAUGCUAAGCCUCAGGACAAAAAGAGAUGCUAAGCCUCAGGACAAAAAGAGGUACUAAGCCUCAAGACAAAAAGAGGUGCUAAGGCUUAGGACAAAAAGAGGUGCUAAUCUUCAGGACAAGAAGAUGUGCUAAGGCUCAGGACAAAAAGAGGUGGUAAGCCUCAAUACAAAAAGUGGUGAUAAGCCUCAGGACAAAAAGAGAUGCUAAGCCUCAGGACAAAAAGAGAUGCUAAUCCUCAGGACAAAAAGAGAUGCUAAGCCUCAGGACAAAAAGAGAUGCUAAGCCUCAGGACAAAAAGAGAUGCUAAGCCUCAGGACAAAAAGAGAUGCUUAGCCUCAGGACAAAAAGAGAUGCUAAGCCUCAGGACAAAAAGAGAUGCUAAGCCUCAGGACAAAAAGAGAUGCUAAGCCUCAGGACAAAAAGAGAUGCUAAGCCUCAGGACAAAAAGAGAUGCUAAUCCUCAGGACAAAAAGAGGUGCUAAGCCUCAGGAUAAAAUACCCCAAAAAAAAUAAUUAUUAAAAAAAGAUUGAAUAGUCGUAAAUAAAUGUUCAUUUUGAACUGUUGCAGUUUGUGUACAUCGCAUUUGUCGCUGUUGUUUACAAGACUAUGUUAACGUUGGCAAUUUCCUUGUCUACUUCUCUUUAGUUCAACGACUUCUUUGCUUUGCAUUCACGAAUGUUGCUGGCGGCGAGACCAUUUGCAUCCACAUAGUGUGUUUAUAAGUUUUGUCGGUAAAAAUAUCCUCCAAUACGUAUUCUCAAAUGACUGCAUUUAAUUGUCGUGGGUAGGCCCCUUGACAACACACAUAUGACGCAUAUGGCACUCAUGACAACACAAAUGUCAGCCCUAUGGCACUCAUGACGACAUAAAAUGUGACCCAUGCGGCGCUCGGGGGGGGGGGGCGGGGGGGCCCUCAGUUUGUCAUGUAUGACACAAAACAUGUUGUUUUUUUUUUGAGCAGGUUUGACUAGCAACAUGACGGCAAGCAGCCAGAGUCUCGAGGGCCUGGUGGAGGCCCUCGGAGGCCGAGGAAGGUUCCAGAUCAUGAUACACAUGCUCGCGGCCUACACGUACGUCGUGCUGGUCUUUCACCACGUCAUCAUGGCCUUCCACGGGACGCCGGUACCUCACUCGUGCGUGCCAGAGCAGGACAUCGGCUCAUGUGAGGAUCUCAUUAAUAUACAUUUAAAUAGUCUUGUCUAAUUUAAUAAAUACGUUUAUAUUACGUUGUUAUCAUAGCACACAAAACGUAGUUUCUAUUUAUCGUUUAUCAUGUAUUAAAUUAAACCAUAUGCCUCUAGGUCAGCGGUUCUCAACCUGUGGGUCGCGGCCCCUUUGGGGGGUCGAACGAGCCUAAUAAGACCAUCGGGGGAAACAUAUUUAUGAAGUAGCGAAGAAAAUAAUUUUAUGGUGGUGGUGGGGGGGGGGGUUACCACAGCAUGAGGAACUGUAUUAAAGGGUUGCGGCAUUAGGAAGGUUGAGAACCUCUGGUCUAAGUGGUAAAGCAUCGUUACGUAACACACACAACGGUGGACAGGGGCGCCAGCCUCAUCAUUACGCCACCGACAAUAUCGCACCAUCUGCUCCCAAGACUUCUAUACAAAAUGCCAUGUAGUGAACACUCCACUCACGUAAAGAAGACCCGGCCCACACACCGAAUCCAUUCGUGGCGGGCGAAAGUACUAAAUGUGCAGUUCUUGUUCAAGUCUGACAACGUGUGCUAGCAUUGCUUGGUGUAUGUUCAAUCGAACGGCAAAGUUAGGUUCUAUAUUCAUUGCAGAAGUAAUAUCUCACUCUUCCUUUGUCCGCUCAAGUUUGUUGAUUAACCAACAAUAACGAUGGAUAGGUUUAGCAAAUAGUUAUUGUUUUUGUACCAACCAUUUAAGUUAAAUAAAUGAAAUAAGAGGUCAUCGAUAUAAAAUUAUUAAAAAAAUAAAAAAUCAUUUUAAAAAAAACACAAAUGUAACACACAAAAAAAACAAUCAUUAAAAAAAAAAUGAUUAAACCUAACCUAUCUAUAGUCACUAGUUCAAACCCCUGAUCCACUCCACUUGUUCAAACCCCUGACACACUCCACUUGUUCAAACCCCUGACCCACUCCACUAGUUCAAACCCCUGGCACAAUCCACUAGUUCAAACCCCUGACACAAUCCACUAGUUCAAACCCCUGGCACAAUCCACUAGUUCAAACCCCUGACACAAUCCACUAGUUCAAACCCCUGACAAACUCCACUUGUUCAAACCCUUGACACACUCCACUAGUUCAAACCCUUGACACACUCCACUAGUUGUUAAAAAGCCCUGACACACACCCCACGAGUUCAAACCCUUGCACACUCCACUAGUUCAAACCCUUGACACAAUCCAGCAGUUCAAAAUCUUGACACACUCCACUAGUUCAAAACCUUGACACAAUCCACUAGUUCAAAACCUUGACACACUCCACUGGUUCAAACCUUUGACACACUCCACUAGUUCAAACCCUUGACACACUCCACUAGUUCAAACCCUUGACACACUCCACUAGUUUUCAAACCCCUGACACACUCCACUUGUUCAAACCCUUGCACACUUCACUAGUUCAAACCAUUGACACACUCCACUAGUUCAAACCUUUGACACACUCCACUAGUUCAAACCCUUGACACAAUCCACUAGUUUUCAACCCCCUGACACACUCCACUUGUUCAAACCAUUGCACACUUCACUAGUUCAAACCCUUGACGCACUCCACUAGUUCAAACCCUUGACACACACUCCACUAGCUCAAACCCCUGACCCACACUCCACUAGCUCAAACCCCUGACACACACUCCACUAGCUCAAACCCCUGACACACACUCCACUAGCUCAAACCCCUGACACACACUCCACUAGUUCAAACCCCUGACACACACUCCACUAGUUCAAACCCCUGACACACACUCCACUAGUUCAAACCCCUGACACACACUCCACUAGCUCAAACCCCUGACACACACUCCACUAGCUCAAACCCCUGACACACACUCCACUAGCUCAAACCCCUGACACACACUCCACUAGUUCAAACCCCGUAUGUUCAUGCUAGGAUGACAUCGAUUGGUUUAUUUCUAUCGUCUUGAAUCUUGUGCAGGUACGUCCGCCCCCACCCCCUCACCUCGUCCCAUACCCCAUGUCAUUCCCUUAGUAAACAGUCCAAUAUUUUAAUUUAGCUGCACUUUUUAUACACCUUACAUUCAUGAAACAGUUCCUUCACCCCGCUUCCCCAAAAUCGGCUGACGUCAUUAUUAUUAAAGCAACUCCAAGAAACUGAACUCUUGUGUCAGAUAGUAAAAUGUUUAGUUAACGUAGUAGAUUGUCUCUCUUUAAUUAAAAACCAAUAACACGGUUAGCUCUUUAAUUUGAUGAAAAAUAUCCGAAUGAAUACGUCAUAGCAUACAAGUUCAAAAAUAAAUCCAUUAUGGAUCUGCACAGUAGUGUAAUAGGCCUAUUUGUUGUACCUUCAUUUUAUAAACAGUAUUUAUACAUCACCCCCCCCCCCCUUUCCCUCAUAAGUUUAAGCAAGAAUCAGUGGAUCUCAUUUACUUUGAGAGUUUAAGCGACUUCUGUAAAGCAAUCAGAAAAAAAAAAUUGUCGUCAUUGUUCAUAUUAUUAGUGAGAGAUUAAAAGGCCUAAGAGAAGACAACUCAUGGAUAAAAGAUGCUGAUUAGAGCAGAACGAUGCGGGGGUUGGGGUUGGGGGCCAUCGAUGAUAAAAUAACUCGUUCAGCGUGUUACAUACUGACAGAUGAAUUAAGAUGCUACAUGCUAAAAAAAAUGUUGGUGUAUACCUCAAGCAACACUGAAUCUUAUAAAGCAGUAAUUCCCAGUGGGUUGCCUCGUGGAGACUUUUUAGAAUCAAUUUCUAAUGGAUGAGGGGGGAGCCCUUAGGUAUAAACUGUGAUGGGCGAGCUCCCGUAGGACAAAACUGAUUGGGGAGCCCACCUUUUUUUAGGACUAAACUGUGAUGGAGGGAGCCCCUUAGGUCUAAACUGUGAUGGAGGGAGCCCCCUUAGGACUAAACUGUGAUGGAGGGAGUCCUCUUAGGACUAAACUGUGAUGGAGGGAGCCCCCUUAGGACUAAACUGUGAUGGAGGGAGCCCCCUUAGGACUAGACUGUGAUGGAGGGAGCCCCCUUAGGACUAAACUGUGAUGGAGGGAGCCCCCUUAGGUCUAAACUGUGAUAGAGGGAGCCUCCUUAGGACUAAACUGUGAUGGAGGGAGCCCCCUUUGGUCUAAGCUGUGAUGGAGGGAAUCCCCUUAGGUCUAAACUGUGAUGGAGGGAGUCCCCUUAGGUCUAAACUGUGAUGGCGGGAGCCCCCUUAGGUCUAAACUGUGAUGGGGAGCUCCCCUUGGGUCCGAACUGUUUCUUUCGCGUUAAUGGUGUUUCGGCGUUCCAUGGAGCCGCCGUGGAGCCCUUGAUAAAAUCACGCGGAGCCCCCAGGGCUCUUCGGGUCACAGGCUGGGAACCAAGGUUAUAAAACAACCUAUACAUGUUACGGUGACUUUCCAUCUUAAGAUAUUUUUUUUCCAAUUUGUUUUGCAGCGCCUUACAACAGCUCUAAUAACACAACCCAUUUCAAAUACAACAACGACAUUGUGGUCAACGCUACCCAUUCAAAAUGUAACGCGACGCUCUACUUCGAGGACGGUCUGAGCUCGAACGUCAAGUGUCAGUCUAGAGGACAGUGGACGUACAAGCCCCUGUAUAACGAGAAGAACAUUGUGAGCCAGGUGUGUGCGCUACCGUUUGUUCAAGUUUCAUUUUAUAUGUAUUCCCCUUCAGCAGACAUAUCUUUAUAAUCUAAAAUUUCAAAUGAUCAUACAAUAUAUAUAUAUAUUUUUUUUUUUUAAAUUUCAAAUUUAGAUGUGACAUACAUUGCUAUCAAAUGAACUAUAAGAACCAAAUGGUUUUAAAAAGGUAUAUAAUGGAAUUAUUUUUUAAAUUUCAAAUUUAGAUGUGACAUACAUUGCUAUCAAAUGAACUAUAAGAACCAAAUGGUUUUAAAAAGGUAUAUAAUGGAAUUGGGGGGGGGGGUUGUUAGUCUACACCAGACACUAGUAGACACUAGUAGACACCAGUAGACACCAGUAGACACACGUCCAAUGCGUUGCAUCCGUGUGUUCCUACAACACACAACCCCCCUGCUUUAAGUGUCACCCGAUAUCAACAUUGAUGCUUAGGGUUUUUGUUGGCAUAGCUUUUUCCACGGAACGACUACUGCUAAAAAGGAAACACAACCCCACUCACGUACCAGACUGCAUUAUUUCCCUUGCGUAUGCACACUUGAUUGCUGUUUGAGACAUCGAGAAGCGAAUCUUUUGCUCUGGGUAUUUGCCACCCACCCCCUGAAAAUACCUGAAAUGACGCCCCUGCUCUUGGCUCUCAAAAAAAUAAAACACAUUGACCUGCGGAUAAUAUACGUCAGUUCCAUCACCCCCCAGUGGCGUACCUUGACUAAAUGCCGCCUGAGGCGAACUCCCUAAAGUGCGCCCCAACCCCCAACAAACAAGAAACAAAAUCCUAUAUAUUUAUAUCAUGUCAAAAAUUAACACCAAAAGCUCCUCCCGGGGAGGUCGCCCCUUCGCACCUCACUAUGUUCGCCACUUUCACACAUGGUGUGCCCUGCAUAUGGAUACUUAACAUUAUAAUGCCCCCCCCCCAACCCAACAGAAAUGAUUUUUAAAAUUAUUCAGCACCCGACUAGUGCUAAAAAAUGAUAGCUGAACCUCAUGUGCUAAACCAGUGAUUCUCAACUUUUCUAAUGCCACGACCCUUUAAUACAUUUUCUCGUGUUGUUGCGACCCUCAACAACAAAAUUAUUUUAGCUGAUACUUUACAACCGUGGAGUAAAUGUGUUUUCAGAUGGUCUUUGGUGGCCCCUGUGGAAGGGCCGUGCCUCCCUCAAAUGGGUCGCGACCCACGGGGUUGAUAACCGCAGUUCCAAACAAUGCUAGCUGAUCAUAAUGUGCUAAACAAUGAUAGUUGAUCGUCUUUGUUUUUUAGAAUGAAAAACCCAUAAAUUGAACGCAUACAUGUGAAUUCAAAGUCCCCGUUUCAGGAUUGACCGAGAGUAAUUAUUUGAUUAACAAACUGCUUCCAAAUUUUUUCAGUACGAUCUGGUGUGUUCAGAUGAAUAUCUCGCCAAUCUGGCAACAACCAUAUACUUCUCUGGCGUCAUGCUUGGCGGGCUCGUCUUCGGGGAUCUGGCUGACCGCUUCGGUCGUCUGCCAACCAUGCUGUUUACGUUGUACGCCUCCACCGUCCUUGGCAUCGUCAUAGCGUUCUCCGUCAAUUACGUCAUGUUCGUUGUUCUCCGGUUCAUUGAUGGGAUACUAAUGCAGGUAUCAGUCACCCUAAAACACUUUAUCAAUACUUAACCUAUUUAUGAUUUUAAAUAAAUUUUAAAAAUAUUUUUAUUAACGAAAAAAAAAAAAUAAUAAAGCUAGAAAAAACCUUAAUGAUAAUGUCUUCAAAUUGGAGGGUGGGAACGGAUAAAAUGGACUAAAUGGUAUUUUUGCAUUUCCAAUCACUUAAAAAUAAAUCAUUCUUUUUCAUAUCUGUGGGUGAUGUUAUGAAAACUUAGAGAGUAAUUCUCUAAAAUCUACAUGGGCCGUUAUUCUUGUUUUGUCCAUUUCCUUACCAGGGUCUGCAGAUAUCAGCAUACACCUUGAUCAUGGAGCUCUACGUGGCGAAACAUCGUCCGUUCGCAGGGGCAGUAACUGAGUGUUUCUUUGGCUCCAGCAUUAUGCUACUUGCAGGUUUAGCUUUUGCCCUGAGGGACUGGCGACACCUCCAGAUACUGAUCAGCUUAUUUGGAGUUUUAGCUGUUUUCUACCCUUGGUAAGAACUCGGGCAUUACUUUAAUGUUUUAACAACGUGGGACGUGGAAUUUUUUGGUUUAUAACUUAUAUAUGAUAUUUAUUAUAAUUGCACAUUUUUCAAAGUUAAUAAAUUCUGUGAUACCAAGAAAUAUAAAUUUUAGGCCAUAACAUUGUUUUAAAAAUAUAAUAAUUUUAAAACUUCAUUUUCAAUAAACAAAAAAACAAAAAAACAAAUAAAAAACCAAAACUAGAAGCCAAUGGCAUAGCAGUGGGAAUAUUAAAUUUAUAAAAUGAAAUGCAAAACUGACAAAAAUCCUGCAGCACAGUAAGUGGCCAAGUGGCAGACGACAAAAAAUAAUAUUUAAAAAGGGAGUGUUAACCUGGUCCUGCAAUGAAGAGUCUAAAAACUUGACAGGUUAAAAUGGAAACAAAAGUUUUUUUUUUUUUUGGUGUCUAAAGGUUUGUUCCAGAAUCAUUGCGCUGGCUGAUCAUGAAGGGAAAGCUGGACAAAGCUGAAAUUGUUGCAAAAAGAAUUUGUAAAAUUAACAAGGUAUUUUGAAGAGCAGUAUUAACAUAUCAAAUGAGAAAACAAGACCAGAUUCUAUGCAUACAUUUCAGUUGUCUUUUUAUGAAUUUUCCAAAGAUAAAAUUUCAAUUAAUUUUAUUUUGAAAUUGUAAAACAAUAUUAACUUGCAGAAUUUGUUUUUUCCAUGUUAGAUUACGUGUAAAUUAAUAAGUAAUGCAUGGGGAAAAAUGCCUACUACUGCUCUAAAUUCCCCUCAAGUGAAUAUCAACCGUAAUAUAAGUAAAUAUUAAAAUAUUGCUAAAUUUAAUUCGAGGGGUUCAACAAAGCUUUAAUCAUGAUACAAAUUAUAAGAUCACAUUGAUACAUAAGAGCUUACAUGACAGCUUGAAAUUUUGUUCUUUUUUUUUUCUCUAGGUUCCAUUUCCUACACAAUGUUGGGGUGAAAUAAAUGGUGGAACUGGCAAGAUAGAAGUGUCUAAUAAAACUAAAGGUUACAACUUGACUGACAUGUUUCGUACUGGAGAGAUGAGAAAAAGAUCUUUGAUACUUUUUUAUAUAUGGUAAAUCAUUGUAUAAUUUGAAAAUUUAAAAAGAAAAAUACUUUAUAUUUAAAUAUGGCAAAUGAUUAUUUAUAUUCUGUACAGUUGCUACAAUAACCUACUAGAUAUCAUUGAAUUAUCAUUUCAAAAUCAAAGAACUUUUAAAAAUUAAAAUAUUAAUUUUGUCAUCCAAUAAGUAAUACGAGUUUAACAACAGUUAUCUGCCUUUCUAAAAUGAUCAAUUCUGAAAAGAAUUACUAUUUUCUUGAUUUAUACAGUUAUGUGGACUGCAAAAUAUUGUCUGUUAUGGAACUUUCCAUCUGCCUUAUUUACAGUCCCAACACUUUUAGACCCACUUCUAUUCACAGGCUUUCCAUAUCAACCUGUUAUUAUGGUCUUACAUUCAAGAUGUCAAGUUUUCAAGGAAAUCGUUAUCUUAACUUUUUUAUUGGAGGAGCAGUUGAGACCAUAGCCUAUGCGCUUAGCUUGCCUAUUAUGAGAAAGUUAGAUAAUUUUCAUUGUUUCACAUUUUGUUCCUUUUAUUUUUUUUUCUGCUGACAAAUGUUAAUCAUUUUAUAAUAUCUGUUGUUUUUUUUUAAAAGUGUGUACAAUUUAAUGCUUCCAAUUUUUAUGAAAAUGUUGAAAAUAGUUGAAAAAUUGAUAGAUGUUUUUAAUAGGUUUAGAGUCUUGAUGCUUGAAGGACUUGAUCAGAUAAGAAACUUGUAUUUUCAUUUUAUAAAAUGUGUUUGUUUAGAGUUUAGUAACUUUAUAACUAAUGUUUUAGAUUUGGUCGUAAAAAGCCACUCUUGGUUUGUUCCCUUAUUGCUGCUGUCACUUGCUGUGCUGCAGGAUUUAUCAGUGAUUACACUACAGGUUAGCAAUUAAUUAUGAAUUCCUUCUAUUGAUAACAGGACUAAACCAUAGAUGUGGCCAAAUUUGUGAACUGAAAUGUUGUUGAUAGGUCUUGUGAGAACCUUAUAAACUAUAAGUAACUUAUAAUAUAAUUUUCCAUGCAGCAUUUUAACUUGAAUAAUAUCUGAACGUUUCUCUGCCUUUUGGCUAGAUCAAAGUGUAGUAUCUUUUACCGUCUGGUUACCAAACCUGUGUGGGUGGCUGAUGAUGUCUCGCUUUGUGUCUGGUUAUAGCCAGGAAGAUCAGUGGCAUAAUGAGAGAGCAGCAAGAUCAAGAGACCUGCAUGUGUUACUUUCAAGAAUUACUGCAGUAUAGCAGUACAUCUGGGGGUGCCCAAAAAAUUUUUUAAAAGUUUUCAUUGAUAAGCCAUGGUUUGAGUAAAUAAAUCAUUCAGAUAGUUUGUUUCUUGUUUAAUGGGACCUAAAUGAAGAAUGCAAAACAUUUCUUUUUAUGUUGAUUAAUUACAUUAUACAUUUUUUUCCUUCUACUUUUGAUAAAUUGUUGAGAUAUUUAGUUUCUUAACUAAACUUUAUUUACAAUCUACGCAUUGAAACUUAAAUAAAUGAUCUAGACAAGACAAAGUAUCAAGAAUUUUACAAAUUUGUAAAUAUAGUGGGGGGGCGGGGUGUAAAUUAAAAUAUAAGAUUGUGCUGAAUGUGAGGAUUAGAAAUGAAAGUUCAAAUAAAGCAAAAUCAUUUAAUAUCCUAGGCCUAGAUUUGAUUUUAAGUAAUUAUAAUUAUCAAAAGUUUACCUCUUGUUUUAGGUCUAAAUGAUUUGACAACAGCACUGGCGAUAACAGGGAGAUGUGCUGUGGCCUGCUUGUUUGCUAUCAUAUUUGUUUAUACUUCAGAGAUUUACCCAACUGUUAUAAGGUGUGCAGAGAAUUAAAUUUUACUUUUGUUUUAAAACAUUUUAAACUGUGUAUUUAAUAUUAGAAAGGUAUUCCCUCUUAGAGUAUACAUUGGUAGUGCUGCUUUCAAACAUCAGGAGAUUUAUCUUGAAAUAUUUAAAACACUAGACAUAUUUAUAUUGCUCCCUUAAUGCGUCCAUUAUUUGAAAGAUUUUUUUUUUGGAUGUGUUUAAAUCACUAUACCACAUAAUUUAAAAAAAAAAAAAUUUCUUACAGAAACGAGUUGCUUAAAUUAACAAAAACAUACUUCAGAAAUUUUCCCAUGUAUAUUCUUUUAUUUUAUUUUAAGGUAUAAGUAGGAUACAUAAUAUAUUACGUAAAUUUAAUUUGUAAUUAUAUGAAUGCUUUUUGUUGUAAUAAUGAAGGCAUUUGCCAAAACAUUUGAAUUUGUAAACUUUCUAAUCAUAAUUAAUUUUUAAAAUAUAUUGUUUUAAUCCCUUUAAUGUUCAGAAAUAUUGGUAUGGGUGCUUGUUGCUUUUGGGCUCGAGGUGGGGGUGUGCUUGCCCCACAGAUUAACCAAUGGGUAAGUGAAAUACAAUUCUAAACAUGUGUUCUCUUUUAGUUUCUUUAGUGCUAAAUCUGAGUAUCUUAAGGCUAGGCAUACUACUUAAAAAUUAUUUUUUUUUUAAUGGCAAAGAAACAAAAUAAUAUAUUAAAAUUGAAUCUCUGUCUGGCAUAUAAAUAAGUAAAAAUUAUAUCCACUUUCAUUUUACAAACAAAUUUCAGACAAAAUCCUUGUGGAAUGUUGAUGCCAUCAUCAUAUUUGGGUUCAUGUCUCUUUUGGGUGGCCUAUUGUUGUUUCCCCUGCCAGAAACCCACAACAAAAAACUACUUGACUCACUAGGUGAGGUGGAGCUCACUUCAUCUGACUCUGGAUAUUCCGACAACCAACCUUACAAGGAGACCUAUGGAGUGACCACAAACGAGGAAGACGUACAGAUUGAACGACUUUGAGGCUCAGAUUUUUUAAAAUUAUAAAACCAAUAAAAGCAUAAUACAGUGAAAUCCUCAUUCAUUUCAAUAUAUCUUUUGCUGAUACAUGUUUUUUUCAGGCUGGUACCCGGGUACCUAUAGUCGCCAAAGACUAUUCGCACUCGGAGUGGCCCCGUACAGAUUAAAUGGCUUCGGAGCCGGGUGUGAUAACAAUAAUAGUAUGAGAAUAAUUUUUUUUUAAAUUGUUUUUUCUUCUUGUUAUUUCAUAGAUUCAUAGUUUUAUUAUUUUUAGUUGUUUUUUUUUAAUUUUUGCUUUGUUGAUUUUUCUUAGGACGGGUAGAUUUUUUUUCUUUAUUAUUUUCUUUUUCAGUUUAAGCCAUUUUCGUAGAUUAUUUUUUUUUACAAAAAUCUAGUAAUGAAGAUGAUUUAGAUACAUUUAUUAUUUUCAUUUGAAUUUUAGAAAAGUAAUAAUAUAAAUUUAAUUAUUAAAAUUAAAUCCUUUAUUUAAUUUAUGUGUAUUGUUUAAGUUAAAAGAUUUAAUUACACAGUACUUUAUGAAUUAAUUAGGUAUUCUAAAUAAUGAAAAUUUCUUUCAUAAUUAAUUAAUUUCAACUAUUCCUCUAGAGAGCUUGGCUUAGUCAGAACAAAACCACCAAUUUUAAACUUUUUCCUUGGCACUGGGAGAAAUAUAUGCGGACAUUGACUGUUUUUCCUGAUAUCUCGAAUCUCCUUUCAACAACUUUUCUCAUUUGACUUGACCUAAUUCACAAGGUAGUUGCAAUGAACAUCUUAAAGUUAAAGGAUGCCAUUGUAUAAAGCAUGAGAAAGAGACUUAUUUUUGGAGGACUCGUCUUUUUUUUUUUACCAUAGCUGUCUACUGGGUCUAACACACUGGUACAUAAUUUAAAAUUUAAUAGAAAAACUAAACCUUAACUGACUUGAGAACAUUUUUAUUUGGUUGUUAGUUAUUUGAGUUGUGUACUCAAGUAAUCCAUAAAAUAAAUUAGGGGCCAGUAAGAAGUAGGCAGCCAAUAAACUCAUUCAAUUAGGUCCCAUCAUUCCUUUGCCAUUUGUCUCCUUUUACUUUCUCACAUUCCUUGUUGGUACCCGUACAGUUAACUAUUGUUUGAAUCAUUUCUUCAUUUAAGUACAGAUGUAAUGAUUGAGUGGGAGCAAAUAUAUGUGAUCUGUGAAGGGAGUUUGGUUUCAAGUCAACUAAGUCAUGCCACAUUGAAAAUAAAAUACUGAUAACCCUAAAUGAAUAGAGCCAUUGAAAAAAUAUAGUACAUACAAACCAUACACAAACAGAAAGACAAAAAUCCACUAAAGUUUAUUUUUUAAAAAUUUGUUGUGACUUUUAUUGCAAAAAAAUUAAACAUUUUAUACCAAUUUUGACUUUUACGCAAAAUCAAUA